UUCUCCUCCGUAGAGCAGCGGAGCGCAGAGCCGAGCGGCAUCGCUGCCCUCCGUCCGGACCUUUUACUCGCUCCGCCCUCCCACCUGUACGUCUCCCCGCUCCCACUCCCCACCCCCCUCGGAGCGGAUCCGACAGUAUCUCCCUCCCUCUCUCAGCUGGCCGCUGCGCGCCAGGGCUGCAGGGGAUCGAAUGGAGACGGUGACAUCCAACCGAGCGCCUGUGCUUUUUACGCAGGAGUGAAAACCGAAGGAAAAAAACAAAAAAAAAACGCCCGCAAGAUGAUGUAGUCUUCAUCGCUGCAGAGAUAGUAUAUAAGGUAGAAUAUCUUUUCGUUUUCUUUCUUUUUUUUUGGCUUCCCAGCCGUUCGCAGCCGAUUCUACGCUUUAGUGAAAAGUGAACUCGAUCAAUCGAAUCGACGGGAUCCCCUUGAAUGGAAGGCGGCUAGAGGGGCCGCCUCGCCUGGCCGAGACACCCGGCUGCGAACGCUUCUCCCCCGGCUGUGUUUACUGCACCGCUUCCACAUUUCGUCGGCGGUCCUCGUCACCACCACCAACACCACCAUGGCUUUUGGCGUGAACGAGCCACAACAGCUGUCGGACUGAGACGCGGCUAAAAUUCGUCAAUAUUGCGGAAAUUAAAUGCCUCUAUCCAAGGGCCACCGACCCGCUGUUUCGGUCGCCAGGUCCGCGCGCGCGGCGUCUCGCGCCGCCACGAAGAAACGAUCCGCACGCUGCUGAACUACAGACAAGAGACUCCGCCGGCUGGGUUCAAGACAAUCGACGGCGCAAGAGUGGAGUGGAGAGUCGGGGAGGGGGGGGGGUAUUUUUGUUUAUUUCUUUUUUUUUUCUUCCCCAGAGCAAUAUGGCAGGUGAGUGGGGCUGGGGACGCUGGCACGGGCUCUCCAAGGCUCCUAAAUGCUAGCUGAGGCAGGUGGCACCGCUCCCCAUGGACGCGACGACAGCUCUAUGAGGACAAGCAAUAUCAAUAAUAAUAGAAAUCCCGACUAUUCGAUCUUAAUAUCCAAGAUGGAAGACGUCGUCAUCCCGUUCUCGUCCGAGGUGCCCUGCGACAAUAAUGGACAGCGCAUGUGGUGGGCAUUCCUCGCCUCCUCCAUGGUGACGUUUUUUGGGGGUCUCUUCAUCAUCCUGCUGUGGAGGACACUCAAAUACAUGUGGACUGUUUGCUGCCACUGCAACGUCAAACCCAAGGAGGCUCAGAAGGUGAUAAAUCCCGCCAACAAUCCGUCAGCAGAUAAACCGAAGGGCGACGAGAAGGAGGAGGUCCCCAUCAGCGAGGUGGGAUGGAUGACUUCAGUGAAAGACUGGGCCGGGGUCAUGAUCUCCGCUCAGACCAUCACCGGCCGGGUUCUGGUGGUGUUAGUCUUUGCGCUCAGCAUCGGGGCCCUUGGAAUAUACUUCAUUGACUCAUCAGAUCCAAUAGAAUCCUGUCAGAACUUCUACAAAGAUUUCACGUUACAAAUCGAUAUGGCCUUCAACGUCUUCUUCCUCCUUUACUUUGGCCUGCGGUUCAUAGCGGCCAAUGAUAAGCUGUGGUUCUGGCUGGAGGUCAACUCAGUGGUCGACUUCUUCACUGUUCCUCCCGUGUUUGUUUCUGUUUAUUUGAACAGAAGCUGGCUCGGCUUAAGAUUUCUCAGAGCACUAAGAUUGAUACAGUUUUCAGAAAUUCUACAGUUUUUGAAUAUCUUGAAAACAAGUAACUCCAUCAAGCUGGUGAACCUUUGUUCCAUCUUCAUAAGCACAUGGCUCACAGCAGCUGGAUUCAUACAUUUGGUGGAAAACUCAGGGGAUCCUUGGGAAAACUUCCAGAAUUCUCAGUCCCUUUCCUAUUGGGAAUGUGUCUACUUGCUGAUGGUGACGAUGUCUACAGUGGGCUACGGGGAUGUCUAUGCAAAAACCACCUUGGGGCGCCUGUUUAUGGUCUUCUUCAUCCUUGGUGGUUUGGCCAUGUUUGCCAGCUACGUCCCUGAAAUCAUAGAGUUAAUAGGAAACCGAAAGAAAUAUGGUGGUUCCUAUAGUGCGGUUAAUGGGAGAAAGCAUAUUGUGGUCUGUGGUCAUAUUACCCUCGAAAGUGUCUCCAACUUCCUCAAAGACUUCCUACACAAGGACAGGGAUGAUGUCAAUGUUGAAAUAGUUUUUCUCCAUAAUAUUUCCCCUAAUCUUGAGCUGGAAGCCUUGUUCAAACGCCAUUUUACCCAAGUAGAGUUCUACCAGGGAUCUGUUCUCAACCCUCACGACCUCGCCAGAGUGAAGAUCGAGGCAGCAGAUGCCUGCUUAAUCCUAGCCAAUAAAUACUGUGCAGAUCCUGAUGCUGAAGAUGCCUCCAACAUCAUGAGGGUUAUUUCGAUCAAGAACUACCAUCCCAAGAUCAGAAUAAUCACACAAAUGCUGCAGUACCACAAUAAGGCCCAUCUGCUGAACAUUCCGAGCUGGAACUGGAGGGAGGGUGACGAUGCUAUCUGUCUGGCAGAGCUGAAGGCGGGCUUCAUUGCCCAGAGCUGUCUGGCUCAGGGCCUGUCCACCAUGCUGGCCAACCUCUUCUCUAUGAGGUCCUUCAUCGAGAUUGAGGAGGACACGUGGCAGAAGUAUUACCUAGAAGGGGUGGCUAAUGAGAUGUACACAGAGUAUUUAUCCAGUGCCUUUGUCGGCCUCACCUUCCCCACUAUCUGUGAGCUGUGUUACGUGAAGCUCAAGCUGCUGCUUAUUGCCAUCGAGUACAAGUCCGAGCAGAGAGAGAGCAGAAGCCGAAAGCGCAUCCUCAUCAACCCGGGCAACCACGUCAAGAUGCAGGAAGGAACGCUGGGAUUCUUUAUCGCCAGUGAUGCCAAGGAAGUUAAGAGAGCAUUUUUCUACUGCAAAGCUUGUCACGACGACAUCACGGACCCUAAGCGGAUCAAGAAGUGUGGCUGCAAGCGACUGAUAUAUUCCAGGAUGUCCGUCUACAAACGAAUGAAACUGGCAUGUUGUUUUGAUUGCGGCUGUUCAGAGCAAGACUGCUCUUGCAUGUCAGGCAGUGUACAUAGUAACAUGGACACCCUUCAGAGGGCCUACCCACUUUCCUCUGUCUCUGUUCAUGAUUGCGCAACCACUUUACGUGCCUCCAAAUAUAAGUAUAAUGGAUAUGUCAGAUCACCAGAUGGCGCUACAACACCAGGGAACAGUGGAAGUCAGAAAGAGGCUGGCGUUCGGUUCAAAGCUGAUUGCAAUUUAGUUGACGACGAGCAUCCAUCCACCGUCUCGCCCAAAAAAAAGCAGCGCAACGGAGGGAUGCGAAACUCGCCCAACUGCUCUCCCAAAAUGAUGAGUCGACACGACCCACUUGUCAUUCCCGGAAAUGACCAAAUGGAGGGCAUGGACAUGAGCGUGAAGAGGUAUGACUCGACAGGGAUGUUUCACUGGUGCCCAUCAAAGGACAUCGAGAAAGUAAUCCUGACCCGGAGCGAAGCCUCCAUGACGGUACUGAGCGGCCAUGUGGUGGUCUGUAUAUUUGGGGAUGUCACGUCCGCUUUGGUGGGGCUGCGAAACCUGGUGAUGCCUUUGAGAGCCAGCAAUUUCCAUUACCACGAGCUUAAGCCUAUUGUGUUUGUGGGCUCGCUGGAUUACCUGCGGAGGGAGUGGGAGACUUUACACAACUUCCCCAAAGUCUCCAUCUUACCUGGUACGCCAUUAAGCCGGGCAGAUUUAAGGGCUGUCAACAUCAACCUCUGCGACAUGUGCGUAAUACUGUCAGCCAAUCAGAACAAUAUCGAAGAUACCUCACUGCAGGAUAAGGAAUGCAUCUUGGCCUCACUCAACAUCAAAUCAAUGCAGUUUGAUGACAGCAUUGGGGUCCUACAGGCUAAUUCCCAAGGUUUCACGCCUCCCGGAAUGGACAGGUCAUCUCCAGACAGCAGUCCAGUACAUGGCUUUGUGCGUCAGGCUUCUGUCACCACCGGCUCCAACAUCCCCAUCAUCACAGAACUAGUGAACGACUCAAACGUUCAGUUCCUGGACCAAGACGAUGACGACGACCCAGACACGGAGCUGUAUCUCACUCAGCCCUUCGCCUGCGGCACCGCCUUUGCUGUCAGUGUUCUCGACUCCCUGAUGAGCGCAACAUACUUCAAUGACAACAUCCUCACGCUGAUCCGGACGCUGGUUACAGGUGGAGCCACACCCGAGCUCGAGGGCCUGUUGGCUGAGGAGAACGCCCUCAGGGGCGGCUACAGCACACCUCAGACAUUGGCAAACAGAGACAGGUGUCGCGUCGCCCAGCUGGCCCUCUACGACGGGCCAUUUGCCGACUUGGGGGACGGCGGCUGCUACGGGGAUUUAUUCUGUAAAGCGCUGAAGACGUACAACAUGUUGUGUUUUGGGAUCUACAGAUUAAGAGACGCUCACCUAAAUGCACCGAGCCCGUGUACAAAACGGUAUGUGAUCACGAACCCACCCUAUGAGUUUGAGCUCGUGCCCACAGACCUGAUCUUCUGCCUUAUGCAGUUCGACCACAAUGCAGGCCAGUCCCGGACAAGCUUGUCCCACUCUUCCCACUCCUCCCAUUCCUCCAGCAAAAAGAGCUCCUCCGUUCACUCAAUCCCGCCCUCCAACCGGCAGAACCGCAGCAGUAAGAGCCGGGAGUCCCGCGAUAAACAGAAUGCAACAAGGAUGAAUAGAAUGGGCCAAGAAAAGAAAUGGUUUACAGAUGAACCAGAAAAUACCUACACAAGGAACAUUCAGAUAAAGCCCAUGAGCACCCAAAUGGCCAACCAAGUCAACCAAUACAAAUCCACCAGUAGUCUGAUUCCACCAAUCAGAGAAGUUGAAGAUGAAUGCUGAACACUUGCUGACUCAUCAGACAUCUAUAUGCUCUUUCAAGCGAUGGAAGAUCACACAUGGAGGAUCGAUGAUGAUAAUGACAGGGAUGUUGAAGACUGAUAUAUUUCUCUUCAUUCAUUCUUCUAAUGAAGGGAUCGGACAGAAGCCCAAGUUGGAAAGGACCUCUGAUGUGUAUACCUUUGAUGUUACCUCCAUGCUCUUGGACAUCGUUUUAUUUAUUAAUGUAUCCAUAGUGAUGUACAUAAUGACAAUCAACUAAGGAUUGUACAGCCCCUUCCCUCUAGCACCUUUUGAAAUUAUUUUAAGAGUUGAUGAAAAAAAAAAGAGUACUUCCUGUAAUUCUUUGCAAUAGUUCACCUCAUUUUGUGACCAGACUCCAUUGCUAAGGUGACUGGUUAUCGAAGGAUGAGGUUUGAUCAUAUCAUCUCCCAAAGAUCUACCCAGAUGCCUCGCGUCAAACCAUCUGGGUUCACCAACUUCACGUCCCCCAACUGCUUCUGUUCUAUUUGCACUAAAACUGGACAAGUUUCUUUUGACAGAACACCCCGGAACCCUCCGAUUCUCCCUCGAUGGAACGUCCUUGAGGAGAUGACGAAAGGAGGGAAGGCUGCUUGGUUUCGGAGGCUCACUAAUCUUGUUCUAAGGAUGUUAGGAAUCACGUCAUUGCUUACAGUUUGCUACUUCACCGUUGACUCGUCAUGUCGAGUGAGAGCAUUCCAACCCUGCAGAUCGAAAAACCCUGCUGUAGAACAGUAGUCUAUAAACACAGAGAGUGGUGCGCUGUUGGUGUAUUCUGGCCCGAAAAAGAACCGUGCACCUACAUGUCUUCAGCUGAUGUGUCACAUCAUAAAGCCUGUGACUCUGUUUUAAGCUCCUAUUGCAUGAUGCGUGCCUGAGCCACCUCUAAUGCAGACACAGUGCUGUCAAUCAACCUGGAGUACGUGAGAAGGAUGGAAAACAACUUACGCUGUCCUUCAUGUUUUCAGGAUCAUUUAAGUUAUGUGCACGCUGUGUGUGUGUGUGUGUGUGUGUGUGUGUGCGUGCGCGUGCGUCCGUCCGUUUGUGCAUCGCACCCGCGCAUCCUGACUAGUGCUGUAAACUGGUCCAUCACCGUGAAUUUAAUGGUGCACCUUGGAAGGAGCAGCAGGUGGGAUCAUGGUGGAAACAAAAACAGUGAAAGAAUCUAGAGGGUUUGGAUCUAUAAACAAAAUUAGUAUGUUGCAUCAAAGUAAAACUGAAGUCUCCAACUAUGAUUGAGCAAAUCCGACACUGACAGCAGCUGCGUGACCGCCGUUGAUGCUUUGCCGCCAUAUCUGCGGCAGGAUUUGGGAUCACAAGAAGAGUGGUGUAUUUUCUGAUUUGUUUUUUGUCUUUUACAAAACCGUCAUGUGCGAGUAGAAGAAAUGCCACAUAUUGCAUAAAAGUGGGCAAUAAUGGGUCCUCCUUUGACCAAAGCAACUGCCUGGCACAGGGUUGGCACAGAGGCAAUAAAGCGCUUGGAUGUUCUCUGUUGCCAAUCCAGAUGUCACACGCCACAGAACUCUCAGGAGUUAAGCUGCUGUGCUCGGUCCUCUAACAUGGGGAACUGCUCAAACAUAGUUGGAUGGAAAUGCAACAUUGCCACAGACUGCUAAUAAGGGUACUGGAGAGGAACCAGUGUUCUUUAUGCUAGCCUGUGUGUAACAUGAGCAUGUAUUUUGCACAUAUUAACGACACUGAUAGAUCCAAAUCCAUCUGUAAUGGAGGAGAGGAGGAGGAGGAUUGAGGUGGUAGCCUUGUACUCUUAAUACAUAUACUUCAUGCAUAUAAGUAGUUGGGUUUAUACAUUUAAGCGUAAUUAUUUUGUCUUCAUAAACAUAAUCAAUUUGUACUUAUUUUUCUAGACAAGAACGAUGUGAAAAGUACUAUGGGAGAUACAAAUAUAUUUAAUUUCAACUGCCUAUCAAAGGAUUUUGUGUUCGACAAAAUCACCAUUUAUUUCAUGCUGUAUUAAAACAAACUAUUUUUUUAUCCCCUAUGGCCCCUCUUUAAGAAAACUGCAUCUCUCUGGAGCCAAUAAAGCGUAGACUAAUUUGCAUUGUGAAACUACCAUCUUCAGCCUGGCAGCUCGGCUUUGUUUCGUGCUUGUAGAAAUAGAUCGAGGCUUGUCUGUUUUAAUCGCAAAGAUCAGCAGUAUCUAGUAAAUAAUGCGUCUACUACUAAGCAUCCCUAGCGAAAACAUGUAGAUGGAAAGAGAAGUAAAAAGGAAUUAUAUGUUGGGGAUAAAUGUUGUCGUUCAGGUAGAGAGUAGAUGGGAGAAGUAAUGAUAUAGGGAAGAUGUUAGUCACUCAAUGACUUUCAUUAGAUUUGUUUGACCUAAAUUAGGUUCAUAAGUUGGAGAUAAGAUAAGUUGGUGUGUUCACUAAAACAUGUUUUCCCCAAAAUAUGAUAUGGAGAAGCUGUCUGUGUAUUGCAGUAAUUCUCCUCCAUUGGCUCUAAAGUAAAUUAAAUAUUGAAUAAAUAAAAAAUACUAAGAAUUUUGUCCUGAAUAUGUUUGUGUAAAUUCAACCCAUUAUAUAAGCCACAUUUAUUUUCUAACAAAAUUAUCUGAGCUUCAAUGUCUGUCUAAUGGGUGUGGUGCAACUAUACUGAAGCCUCACAUAUUGUCCUGAAGUGAAUUUUUGAACUGUGAUUACAUUGUUGUCACACUUUAUAGCAAAUAGAUUUCUUUUGCAGAAAAUAUGUUAGUAAAAUGUAUGUUUAAUUGGGUUGUUAAUAGCAUAUUUGCUAGCCUGAACAAUAAGGAACUAUUAAUAUUUGAUAAUGGCAGUGACUCCUUACACAUGAAAUCGACAAACUGAUUGUUGUGUUGAAAAAAAAAAAGAAAAAAAAGAAAGACAAAAAUGUGUAUUUUGAAAAUAAAAGAUCCUGGAUUCAAAUGAGAAAAGUAAGGCAGAAUUUCAUCUGGUUUAUCAGCCAUCACAAUGAUGGAAGGUAGCUCCAAUUUAGCGGAGGUGAUUAAAAAAGACAACAUCCUUAAUCUUUCUUUUUUUUAUUACUUUGUGUUAUUACAGGAUUUACAUUCCAUUUUGUCAGUGAUUCAUCUGUCAUAACAUGUCAAAUCAGCUUAUUAUUUGUUUACAGAUUAUUUUGUGAGCUACUUAAACAUAUAAUUGUUCAGGAAUAAAACGGUACAUAUAACAAACUGGCAUUAAUAUAAACUCACCAAGUAAUGCCCCAUUUUUUUUCAUCACACUUGAUUACUGUGCUUUUUCUACCUGAACCGAUUGUGCGAUGCAUUCAGGCUGGUAUUUCCCACAACAAUGGACUGAGAUUUCUCUUCUUCCUACACCUUGUCAUAUGUCUAUUAGAUGUUUUAGGUCUUUGCAUUGUAUACCUCUAAAGUUUUAGAGUGUUUUUUUGAAGUGCCAUGAAGAGUUUUGUCAUCAAGCAUCCUUCAGUCAUUCAGGGACACGAGCUCGCUUCGAGGGAGCUUCCGUCCAAGAGUUUUCCACUGUGAGAACGGUGUCCUGUACUGGCAUGGAGAACAUCCAAGCCAUCAAUGCCUCCAUGCCAGUACAGUGCCAGGCAGUGCAAGCGGUCAAGGGGAGGGCCCAUAUUAAGUCCCACUAUUGCGAAAAGUGGCAUUGGGAGGGAGGUCUGCGGGGUAGCAGUCAUCAAAACACACACACACACACCCACACAUAGUCUCUGGUGUGUGUGCCUGGUUACAGGCUGUCGGUUUGUGUUAUGUAGUGUUGUUAGUGAUGGAUGACUGAAAGAUGCACGUAGAGGCACACGCCUGUAACGUCAUAUGUGUUGUUGUCCGCUGAACAAAUGACAGUAUGUUGCAUUAUUCUUGUUUAUCUACUUUUUUUCCUUUUUUUUUGCUGGACAGAUAAACUAUUUGCUGGGAAUUGUUAUAGCUAUCAUAGAACAUAUAAAACUUGUGGGGAUGGGAGGUGGGGUCUCAAGUCUUAACAAUACAUUAAAAUUGCAUUCAGCAAUUUCUUUUUUUUUGAGAAAAGUAACAAUAUUGUUAAUUUAUUCUGGCUGCCUAACGGUUUAGGAAGAAUCAGGACAUUGCUCUUGCGUAUCUCAGAAAGGAUUUGUUGGCACAUUGUCAUUGCAGCAAACAGGAGUUUGGCAUAGCUAUCUAAUUAGUUUGGAUGCGUUAUAGAUAUGAUGCAUAUGUUGAUUAUUUGAUGGUGCUGAGUUGAUCUGCCUGACACUGUCAAAAAUAAUCUGCUGAUAAAUCUACUGUCUUGUACAAAACGUUUGUACAUAGAUUGUACAUGGUUUCUUUUUGUAUUUUCUCAAAUUAAAAUGGAUGUAUUUGUGUUCUAAA